UGACAGUGGUGUACAAAAAGAAAGUGGGCUCUAUUAUAAGUACCCGACGAAGCAUAACCCGCGCACUAAAGUUACGAAAACGCUAUGAUGGGUAAACAUCUGCUAAUUUGGUUCGGGCUGGCCUUGAUCUGCGCAUUAGGCACCUCUAAGAAAAUCCUCCAGGUGACCGAAUCCGUUACUCUUUCUCAGUCAUUGUUCUGGGACGAAGACGAGCAAUCGGUAUUAUUCGUUGACGUAUACAAUGCCGAGGUAUACGAACAUGUCUUUAACGGAAACACCACGUCAACCAAAAUCGAGGGAGAAGAAACGAUAUCUCUAGUAGCCCCAAUAGAGGGUAAGGGAAAGCUUUACGUCGUUGCUGGACAUCGGGACAUUUUGAAACUUGACUGCAACGAUAAUCGAGAAGUAGUCAGCAAAUUCGAAGCAAUUGGUGAAAUAGGGGAUGGUGAGGUAUUCUCCGACGGCAAAGUCGACUCUAGAGGGAGGUUGUGGAUAGCCACCUUGGUUGUUAGCGACGAAGGCCCCUAUCGAUACGUGAAGGGAGCGGGGUCUAUAUACUUGAUCACGGUAUACCACAACGAUACGGUAAAAAUCGAAAGGAAACUCUCGAAUGUAACUUACUCCAACGGAAUCGAGUUCUCAGGCGACGACAAGCAUAUUUAUAUUAUCGAAUCGGAUACGAGAACCAUUCACCAGAUCGAACUAGACAUCGAAACAGGGGAAUUAGGCGAUUCGAAGGUCAUUUUCGAUUUACACGACCACCCAAAUCUACACGGAUAUCCGUCUGGUAUCGUGUUAGACGGAAACGAUGAAUUAGGAGUAUCGUUGUACGGUUCUGGCAAAAUUAUUGCGGUGAAUCCCCACACGAGCGAGGUAACUGGCAUUGCAGAUAUUCCGGUGCCAAAUCCCACGAGCCUGGUGUACGGGGGUCCCAAGUUAGACAUCAAAUAUAUAUCCAGUUCUCGAAGUAAUGUGCCCGAAAGUGACCUGGCGAAGGAGGUCUUUGAUUCUGGAGCAAUUUUCGCCUCGGACGCACUAGGCUCUGGAUUCCAAUCGCAUAAAAUUAAACUUUGGAACUUCGACCUGGUCAGCAGUCCGGAUAUACGAAGUACCCUUUUUUUGUGCGAGUGGGACAGUAGGAACAGAUCACAACAUUGGGUGAAAAAGAAGUGGCCAAAAUGCACCUCUAAGAAGAUCUUUCAGGUAACCGAAUCCGUUUCAGCAUCUCAGUCAUUGUUCUGGGACGAGGAUCAGCAAUCGGUGUUAUUCGUCGACUUAUACAAUGCCGUGGUGUACGAACAUGUCUUCAACGGCAACACUACUUCUACCAAAAUCGAGGGACAAGAAACGAUAUCUCUAGUAGCCCCGAUAGAGGGCAAGGGAAAGCUGUACGUAGUUGCCGGAUAUCGAGAUAUUUUGAAGCUGGACUGCAAUGACGAUCGAGAAGUAGUCAGCAAGUUCAAAACCAUUGGUCAAAUAGGGGAUGGAGAGCAGUUUUCCGACGGCAAAGUCGACUCUAGGGGAAGGUUGUGGAUAGCUACCUUGGUAAGCAGCAACUUCACACCAUACCGUUUAAUAAAAGGAGCGGGGUCUAUAUAUUUGAUCACGGUUCACCACAACGAUACGGUGAAAAUAGAAAAGAAACUUUCGAAUGUGACCUACUCCAACGGAAUCGAGUUCUCUGCCGACGACAAGCAUAUUUAUAUUGUCGAGUCGGAUACGAAAACCAUCCACCAGAUCGAAUUGGAUAUCGAAUCCGGGGAAUUAGGCGCCUCGAAGGUGAUUUUCGAUUUGAACGACCACCCCCACCUCCACGGAUAUCCCGAUGGUAUCAUCUUAGACGGAAAUGGCGAGUUAGGGGUGUCAUUAUUCGGUUCUGGCAAAAUUAUAGCGGUAAAUCCUAACACGGGCGAGGUCACUGCCUUUGUCGAUCUUCCAGUGCCCAAUCCCACCAGUAUGGUGUUCGGGGGUCCAAACUUAGACAUCAAAUAUAUCGCCAGUUCUCGAAAAAAUUUGCAUCCAAGUGACCUAGCUAAGGAAGUCUUUGAUUCCGGAGCAAUUUUUGCCUCGGACGCACUAGGCUCUGGGUUCCAAUCGCAUAAAAUCAGACUUGUCUAACUCGGCAAUCGGAGAAAUAAUAAAAUGAUGCAC